AAUAAUUAAUUUUAAUUGGCUUCAUCUUGAAAGUGAACUCUCAAAAGUCUUACCAGCGGAGGCAGGAGAGAUACAGCGGGUGGUACGAGAACAUCGUGAAGACGACAGGGCGAUGUUCUGAGGUGCCCAGGUCUGACUGACUGAGAACGCUUGGAAACCUUCAAAUUGUGUGGCGACUGCGCAGACUCGAAAAAUGGCUCAGAGACAGACGACAUCCGGUACGGCGACAAUUUCGGCUACAGAGGAUCUAGCCACGAAGAAAUUCCCUUCGAUAAUAGACAUCAAACGUCAGAUUCCAAGCAACUGUUUCGAAGCAUCCGUUUCCACAUCGUUGUAUUAUGCCGCGAAAGACCUCGUGCUUGUUUUUGCUCUCUAUCUGGCCGCAAUGGCCAUGUGGUAUUUCGCUCCGACGUCUCUGUGUCUGGCUCUGACUCCAGUGUACUGGCUUCUCCAGGGCACGUUGUUUAUGGCGAUCUUCGUUGUGGGGCACGACUGUGGGCACGGCUCCUUCUCCAACAACGAGCUCCUCAACGACGCAGUCGGAGUGUUCCUCCACAGCUUCGUCAUGACGCCCUACUACAGCUGGAAGAUAUCUCACCGUGUCCAUCACAAAAACACUGGAAAUAUUGACAAGGAUGAAAUUUUCUUCCCCCUUCGGGACAAGGCUGACAAUGGCCGUGCCUUCCUACCAGGAUUCGGCCUUGGACUCGGAUGGUUCAUGUAUCUUGUUUUAGGAUACAAACACCGUACAACGAAACACUUCAACCCCUUCGACCCCAUCUACACUCGUCACAUACUGGGUGUGUGUAUCUCCCUCGCCUAUCUGUUAAUGUGGACUAUAGGGGUGUAUUCCUACGCUCAGGUUAUGGGGUUCUGCCAUGUGUUAUACUAUUAUGGAGUUCCCGUAUUUGUUUUCGCGUCCUUCCUCGUCAUCGUCACGUUCCUGCACCACACGGAGGAGCUAGUGCCGUGGUACGUUGACGGCGUCUGGGACAACGUCAGGGGCCAGGUCAGCUCCAUUGACCGUGACUACGGCUGGUGCCACGGCAUCAUCCACAACAUCGGAACCCACCAAAUUCACCAUUUGUUUCCCAAGAUUCCGCACUACAAUCUAGAGGAAGCCACGCGCUACUACCGGAAGGCGUUCCCGGAUCUGGUUCAUAUACGUAACGACCCCAUCCUCCCUUCAUUCAUGAGGAUGUUUCUCAAGUAUUGCAAGCAACACAUCGUUGAUGACCAUGCCAAAGUUCACGUUUACAACUAGUCUUUAGCAAUUGUUAUUCGAUUUAUCAAUUUCAGAAAACUACGGUUAUAACGAACUGAAAGGGACAAGUUGUAUUUUCAUACAACCAUACUUUGUUUGAUUCCACACAUGGGUACAAUGUGUGAAGCCCAUUUCCGAGUCCCGCCGUGAUAUUGCUGGAAUAUUGCUAAAAGCGGCGUAAAACUAAAUUCAGUCAGUAUGUACGCAUACAAUAUACGCUAGUGGCAGUGACAAAACUAACAAUUCGUUAUAUCUAACAGUUCGAUAUAAACGUAGUUUACUGUAUUGUUAUUUAGUAGAGGUUAUCUUUGACACCUCACACGUUUAUUUCCUUAUCAUUUACGAUUCUUCGAAUUUCUUUGUUAAAAGCCACAUUAAUGUCUCAUUAAGAUAAUGCCAUAGUCCAACGUGAAAUUUUGAUACAGGCUGUCUUUAUAAUGACUCGGGGCUUUGGAAAUGUCGACGGGUCAUAGUAAAGGUCGUCACCUCGGUAACUCAGUUUCAAUAGCCCCCAUGGGAAUAAUUUGUGAACCCAAGUUUGGAGUCCCCCGACUUGAAAAUGCCUAGAAUAAGAUAACAUACGUAAAAAAUUACUCUCUUAAAUCUUGGUGUUCAAAUUCUUGAGCAAAACAUUUAAGGAGACUGCUAUUUUGCGUUUUGAAUAUUGAAACAUGUCGAAACAUCUUUAAUCAAAUCCACCGCACCCAGCGAUAGCCAAAUAUAUAAAUUCAGACCUUCUAGUCAUUCCAACGUAUAUUUAAUAAUAUUUAUUUUUCAUCAAAUAUUUAAAUUAUGUGUCCAUUUUUCUCUGUUGUUUUUGUCGUGUUUUGACAGCUAUGUUAUAGAUUAUUUACCUGUGUAUGUCCCUAAAGUGAUUUUGCAAUAAUGUAUUUUGUUCUGAGUACAUUAUGACAAUAGUAUAGCUGUUACAACCGAAACUCAUAGCCUAAUGUACACACGGUGUUAAAGACAAAACUCUUUACUCAACCCAAUUUUUACUGGACCUAAAAUUGACUUUUUUGGGAAAAUGUCGAUUGGGAGAUCGGUGUCUUCUUUCGUAGUUGAGACUGCUAUCUAAUUCAGAUUUGUUUUUUAAUUACAAAAUGACCUGAAAAAGUAGGUCAUUAUAAGAAAGAAAGGAAAUAUGUUCCUGAUGUUCUAUUUACUUCCAGUUCUAUUUGAAUCAGUAGAACAAACAUGUUUAAUUUAUUUCCAAUUCUCUUUAAAUUAUUGGGAUAAAAACGUUUUAUUGUAAAUGUUAUUUCAUCUUAUCCAUCGACCCAAAGGAUUCGGCAAUAUAAAUGAAGGCCUAUUUAUACAAAACAUGAGCCCAUAUCGAUCAUGUAGCCAUUGUGUAAACAAGACAUAGUCCAGUGCUCCAGAUAAUGUUUGUAGCUUAUGGAUUGUACUCCCACCGGGACCUGAUGGUUAUAUUUGGGUAUUCAAUAUAUUAUUCCUCCCACGGGUCCAGUCUAUUUCUGAUGACUAUUAGUUUGCGUAUGUUCGUGCGUUACGUCAAGCCCGAUAGACCCACUACGCUAUAGGGUUAGGUGGCCCGUUGGUUAAGGGGUCCGCCAGUCAGGCAGAAGGCCCGGGUUCGAUCUCAAUGGGCACGGUAUGUGAAGCCCAUUCCUGGUGUUCCCCGGUAUAUUGGUAGAAUAUCUCUAAAGGCGGCGUUACACCCAACCCAUCCACCCACUCACUCACUCACAAUACUGUAAAAUAUACGUAGAACGCAACGAGGUGCAAUACAUUGCAGCCUUGCUCCAAGGCUGCACUGAAUGCUAAGCCCAUGGAUGUAUAAUAAUUUUGUCUCCUAAAGUGGCAUGUCUAGACAAGCGGAGAGCACCUCUGAGGACCCCAGGCUGGUAUUCAUAUUUAAAAAAAAUAUAGAUCAUUUAAACUAUUAAUUAUUACCAUGGAGACUUGUGCAAAUCUAGGUUAACAUACCCAUGGAUUAGCAUAUCUUAGUGUAGUCGCUCUGUUAUCAUUAUUAAAUACUCGCAAGAAAUCAUUUUCGGAAGCUUAAAACACUUCAUAUUGUAAUUAGCACAUUGUUAGACGGUUGGUCGUUUGUAAUCUUUUCAUGCAUUUUUACGUCAGCAGGUAAUUAGUGGGUAAAGGAUAAUUCCUUUAGGUAGUUUGGGCGUAUAUACAGAUUAUUCGGAACUAUGAUCAUGCCUUCUGUGUACAUUUGCUCAGCUGAGCACGGUCACUGACAACAAUGAGGCGGGAGACGAGUAAAUCAUGUUUGAACUAUCCCAUUCAAAAGCUGGCAUGCAUUUUAGCCUCGAGAGAGAUCGCCUUUAACACCGUGUCAUAUCGGCCUGUUAUCUAAGAGAUAAGAUAUUAGAUAUUCUUGACGUUAUUUGUUUCCAACUCCUUUUCUAGGAAUAGAUUAAAGAAAAUAUUAAAAAACACAUUUUUAAAGUCUAACAAAAAUAUCUUCAGAAGAUUACCUGACAGAAUCAGUUAGGUAACGAUAUUGUGGAUUUUGAAAUUUCCCCCAAGGGAAACAAUUGUUUCAAAAAGUCUAAUCAAAUACGUCUUGGCAUAGAAAGUGUAAAAGAAAAUCAUGUAAGCUAUACAAGUUCCACGAUCGUA